UCGGCUCCCACACGCAGACGAACGCAGAGAAAGAGAGAGCAUAUUGCCCAGGCAUAUACAAACCGGAAUAUAUUUUUGCCGACUAGGGAUUGACAAUUCGGCGUUAGAUCUAUCGCACGCCGUUUUCUCAGGAUGUCGCAGCAGAUCCUUCCGCUCGUCCUGGUGCUCUUGGCUGCGCAAGGCUCGCUAGGCCAGAAGCAGCAGCAGGAGGAUCCGUGCCAGACGAAGUCACGGGUGGUGGGCGACUCCGAGUACUGCGACCGCUACUGGGAGUGCGUGAACGGCCGCCCGGAGCUGUUCGACUGUCCGAACGGCCUCGUGUUCGCCGGUAAGCACCGCGGCGUCACCGAGGGCUGCGACUACCCGUGGCGCGCCAACUACUGCGAUGGCAAGCGCCAGGCGAAUCCGCCGAUCGCGACCGAGCACUGCGACUGGCUGUACGGUAUCUUCGGCCACGAGACCUCCUGCACCAGGUACUGGACCUGCUGGAACGGCACCGCCACCGAGCAGCUCUGCAUAGGCGGUCUGCUCUACAACGAGCGGGCCAGAUCCUGCGACUGGCCCGAGAACGUCGAGGGAUGCCAGAAGCAUCCACUCUGUAACGACGACGCGAACGGCAACGUGCCGCUGGGCAAGUCGUGCAACCGUUACUGGCAGUGCCAGGGUGGUUACCCGCGGUUGCAGCGCUGCCCGGCCAUGCUGGUGUUCGACAGGCGGUCGCUGAGAUGCGUGGUGCCGCCGACGGAGGACUGCGACGUUCCCACGACGCCGCCGCCCACCGAGGGCGAGCUGUCCGACGGCCGCAACGAGCAGGAGCCCGAGGAGGAGAAUCUGCCGCCCGGAGUUGCGCCCCUGCCGUCCGGCGCUCUGCCAAUCCCCCUGCGGGCGCGCCCCAGGAACUAAAAAUCGUCAGGCAGGUCGUCCGGCCCGGAAGGACGAAGGAAGCGCCAGGAGAUCCCCUUCUCGACGAGCGAGAUCCCGGAGAUCGUCGAUCGGUGCGGAGAACUCGGACAAGUUCUCUCGUCGAGAUCCUCCCCAGAUUCUCGCGCAGCUCUACUCGCAUGUAAUUUUAUAAUUCUAGAAUUCUCAUAAGGACGAAUUUUUUUGACAUUUUUUUUUAACUUCUUAGAUUUCUUUUAAUGUUCCCUCCGAAAUUACCCCCGAGUGUGACGGAGAAGCUCAGGUUCCGCAAUUUCUCAAGGAAAAGUUCUUUGUUACUUCACGUGGAUAAAAAUCUUCGUUUCACCUUUGCCACAAGGAAGAUAUUAAUUUUCAGAUAGGAAUAUAAAAUUUAAAUUUAUAAAGUAAAAGUGAGAGUGGCAACUGCCUGUACAAUUACACAGUUCUUCUCAAUUAAUGAGCAUUUUAUUCACGAAUUUCAAUUCACGAAUAAAAAGGGAGAAACUUAUCAAUAGAAUGAAUUUUAAUUUGCGAUCUAAGAUAAUUUAACUCAUGAAAAAUUGAAUAAAACUUUCUAAUUAUUUAACAAUGGAAAAGUUCUCAAAGUCAGUUGAAUGUUUUUUACAAGAACAUGUAAGCUGUAAAAAAAAUAGCCAAGCGUGAUAUAAAAGAUCGAUCUUAAAAGUUUCAAUUUUUUUAAAAAUAUUAAAAAAAGUAUUGCGUAAAAAAUAUAAUAUCGAAAAAAAAAUCAAUUCGACAAAAUAUUCACAAAUGCAGGAUUGUUUUUCAAGAAACGGAAAUUAUAGAGUCGAUAAAAAUGAGAAAGACCGAGACUUCCGUCGAUCUAGGAAUUUGACCGAUCGAGCUCUCCUGCCUCCUCAACGGAGGCUCGCAUUACUAAUCGAUAAUAACGUUAAUUAAUGAACAUCUCGUUUCUUCGCGGUUCCUGGACCGUUCACCAUUCGCCUCCGUCGCAUCAGUCGAGAUGUAAAUAUUUUCCCCGUCACAUCCCUCUCAUCCCCGUCCCCGCGCUCUCGUAAUCGUAAGACUCGUACCACGUAUUAUAUGUAGAUCGAUUGGAAUAAACUGUACGUUGUAUAUUUUUUA